AUGGCGCAAAGUCUGCAAAAGGUCGCGAUCUACAAGGAGCGCACGAUUGUUUGUCGAUACUCUGGGCGACCGGUGGGUGUGGCGGAGCGUAUCGAAGAGCUGCAGCUGCGUCCGUUUGUCGUGCGGGAUAUCAGCCAGGUGGCAGACAAGGCCAAGAUUCCGUUUAUCGAUACGGUGAUUGUGGAUUCGCUCGAGGUGGUGAGUCGUCGGUUUUGUCGCGUUUGGGUUGAGCGAGGUGUUGAUUGGGUUGUUUAUGCCCCGACUGAACCUGACGUGGUGUCUCGAAAACUUAUCUCGGGUCAUGUUGCGACCCCGUCUUCGCUCGACGAUCUUGCCGAGGCGCUCGCAAAGGGACUGGAAGCCAACGCAUCUCAGCCCGAGGUUACGCCCAGCGACGUUGCGUACGACAUUCUACUGGCCGAAGACAAUGUUGUCAACCAACGUGUGGCCGUCAAGAUUCUCGAAAAGUUUGGUCACACGGUUCAGAUUGCCGAGAAUGGACAGUUUGCGGUCGACGCUGUCAAGGCUCGAUACGAACAAGAGAAGAUGUUUGAUGUCAUUCUUAUGGACGUGUCUAUGCCGUUCAUGGGUGGAAUGGAGGCAACAGAAAUUAUUCGCGCGUUUGAGAAGGAAAAGGGCAUCCGCCGCACGCCUAUUAUCGCUCUCACAGCGCACGCGAUGAUUGGUGAUCGUGAGCGCUGUAUCCAGGCUGGCAUGGAUGAACACGUUACGAAACCGUUGAGGAGAACCGAUCUCGUGAGCGCGAUCAAACGCCUCGUAACACCCCACGGUGCCCCCACUAAACCCGUGCAUUUACCUCAUCGCUAUCUCUUUGCUGUCUGUGGAUCACUUUUGCUGUUUGUUUAUGAAUUUCCGAGUCUUUAUAUUUGUUACCAUUAUCUCCAAGUUUGUUGUCAAUUUGCACUCUUUACGCCCGGCUGA